UCGACGCUUAUCCACCUCUAACAGCGAAAAAAGUCGGGCGUCGAAACGCACAAAAUAAUUAAACUCCCCCGAGUAACACAGCCAAAUAGUGCAAACCAACCGAGAGUGAACGCCAAACGCCGCGUUUUCAAUAAAACCAAUCGAAUUGCAAUCACCGAGCGUUUAAUUCAACAAGCAGCGAAGCCAAAAGGCAAAGCAACGCUCCGAGGCGUUGGCCAAAAAGAAGAAAAGCGAAAAAGAAACGAAGAAACGCAGUUGAAAAGAGAGACGCGAAAGAAGAAGAAAUAAAAAAUGCAUACAGCGAUUUUUUAAUCAAAGUAGGCAACGCAGCCAGUGUUUUCGCAGCUAAAAUCUAAAAUCAAGCUGGGACUGAAAAUUAGGGAGUAAAAGCGAUACGAAUAUAUUUGUGAAUUCCUGUAUAGUAGUGGGCAAGCGAACGAACCAGUUAAGUGAACAUGUUUGUGGCCAGCAUAAAACCAUAAAAUCUGCCGAGCACAUUUUCCCCCGCUCGUGAAAAACUCGCAUACGCACACACAUACAUACAUACGCAUACACACAGGCAGGCAGGCAGGAAAAUCGCGUGAAAAACCAUGUCCAGCUGGGCAGAACGCGUCCAUAGGCGUGCCGCGGAUUUGGGCAACGUGGUGACCUCCUGCGGCCACCCCGCCACAGCCCCCGCCUAUCCGUAUCGCCUGGAAAAGGUCAAAUUCGGGGUGCCCCUGGAGGAGGUCUGCAAGCACAACAACAACAUUCCCGGGCCACUGCUUGUCCUGAUCCUCAAGCUGAACAAGGAGUCGCCCAAUCGCCGGGAUGUAUUCCGUGCCCCAGGACACCAGGGCGCCAUGAAGAAGCUCAUCCACUUCCUGCAAGCGGGCCGUUUGGUCAACGUGGACAACUAUUCGGUAUUCACCAUCGCCAGUGUUUUGAAGAAGUUCCUGCGCAAGAUACCCAAUGGAAUAUUCGGGCGCAGCGGCGAAAUGGAGCUAUUCGCCAUCAACGAUCUGCAAAACGAAUACGAGCAAACGGAGAGGCUGCACAGACUCUUCGGUUCGCUGCCGAAAUACACACAGCAUCUAUUAGUUUUACUGUUCGGCACAUUCCGGGUCAUCGCGAGCAAUGCGGCCCACGCCUCCACAGGAAUGACCAGUGAGGCGUUGGGCGUGUCCGUGGCCCCCAGUUUCUUUCAGUCCUGCGUGAGCGAUGGCAAGACCGCUCGCAUGGAGGAUGUGCUCAAGUUCAAGGUCUCUACCAAGAUCAUGCAGAAUAUAAUUGAUAAGUUUGCCACACACGACAUCUUUGGGCGAGACAAUUACGAGUACUACGCCCGCGUCACAGGACGCAUUCUCAAGGUGCAGGACGAGUGGAUAUGCAGCUUUCAAUAUCCACCACCGCCACGUGGCAAGUUGGCUCAACAGAAAUACGCAUUGCAACAUUCUUUGGAGGCGGAGAAGACCUGGCUGCAGUGCCAAUGCGAGCGUUGGGGCUUACUGGCCCAGGAGGAGUCCCGCUCGACGCCCGCCCUGCUGACCAGCUCCAGUUCGGCGCUGGAGAACAGUGUCCUCUCGCUGGGAGUUUCGCCGGAGCACUCGUUCAUCGAGAGCUGUGCCCGUCUCUCGGUUUCGCUGGAGGGACCCGGCAUCUACGCCAUGACUUCCUCCCCGCUGCCGGCGAAGAGAAAUGGGAAUGGCAAUGGCAAUGGCAAUGCCACGGACUACGACUACGAUGACUAUGCCGACGACGAUGAGGAUAACGAUGAGCUGGACGGUGUCCAUGACUUUGGUGCCGAAUUGGAGAUCAGCAGCAUAGCGCCGCCGCAGGGAAGUCGGGGCAUCUAUCGCCACAAGCAGAGAGCCCAGCAGCCGCAUCACUACCAACAGCACCAGCAGCAGGUGCAGCUGCAGCAACAGCGGGACUACGAGGAUGACGACGACGAGGAUGAGGAUGAGAUGACCUUUGUCAAGCGGCGCUAUCGGCAGAACAAAAAGAAGCCGGCGCCGCCGAGUAGCAGUCAUCAUCAGAGGCGACUGCGCACGGGCACCAAGAGCCUCGAUGGCGGAGGAGAAAGGCGUACGGGAUCGGGAUCGGUAUCGGGAGCAGCUGGAGGAUCAGGAGGAGCUGCACCAGCUGCUAAUCCCACGCCCCCUAAGCUCAAGCAGCGAACCUGCAGCCGCUGCAAUCGGGGCAUACGACACAGCAGCUCCUGCAGCUCCAAUUCGGCUGGGGCAACUGGCUCAAACAAUGGAGGAGGAUCGGGAAACGGAAACGGAGGUGGAGCCGAGGGCGGCAUGACCAUGGAGGAGCUGAGGGCCGUCAACCGAUAUGCGGAGAGCACCAAGAGCCUCUCGUAUCUGCCACAGGUCCAUGAACGCCAAACCGCACGCAUGCGCACCCGCUCCGAAUGGUUCCUGGGUCCCCGGGAUGCGGUGGUCACGUUGCAAUUGCCGGCAGACACGUGCAGCAAUUGCUGUUUGGCCGCUGCCGCUGGAUAUUUGGGAGGCGGCAGCACGAGGGACAUGCGGCAGGCGCAAACGGACGGAGAACGGAGCCAGGCGGCGUUGCUCUAUCACUUUUAUCGCAGGCAGCAGCAGCAGCAGCAACAACAGCAGCAGCAACUGGAGCAACGCUUCGAGGACAUGAUGGACACCGAGGAUAGCUAUGGACAGCAGAAGGAGCAACAGCAGCAGGAGCAGCAACAGAUACAUUCCAAGGGUCUACUGAGACCACCGCCCAUGCAACAUCAACAGCAACAGCAGCAACGUCGCCUGCUGCUGGACGUCAAUUCGGUUGGCAACAUCCGUUUGAGUAACAGCGCCGAGUCCAUUCAGUAUGCGGCCCGACGACCGGUCGCCAGUCUUGGCCUUAAUCCCGGCCUUGGAGGCGCCACCAACACCACCCACAAUCCCACCACCCGGCGGCUGCUCAUCAAUGUGCCCCGGCAGUAUCGAUCCUCGCUGCGGCGGAACAAGGAGAAGCAGAUCGGCGGCAAUAGUCAGAGCAACAGUAGCAAUAGCCUGGGCAGUGAUCAGUUGACCGGAAAUCCUGGAUCAGUUGGAGGAUCGGCCGGCGGGAUCGGUGUUCCGGUGCUGAACAAACCCCUGCUGAUGGUGGGUCUACUGCCGGGUGCCGAGCAGCCGCCGUCGGUGAGGAACUCCAUUGCCGAGUGCGGCAUCUCAACACCAGAUGCCAUGGAUGUGGGCGUGGAGUGCAGCACCACGCUGAGCUUCAAGCCGCCGCGGCUGUAACAUGGACAACAGCCCAUUGAAACGAAAACUGAGGACACCCAGGACACAGCGGACUAUGUUAAGAUCUAACCAUUUUUAAAUGAAAAUCAUUUUUAAUACGUAUACUUCCAACACAAAAACACACA